AAAGUAUUCGUACGUUAUUCGUUGAUACAUGAGUUCGUUGAUGCAUGGUUAAACUAAUUAUGAAAAAUUAAUUAUAAGUGCGGGAAAUAAAGAAAUCAUAUUACCGAAAAGUUUCCAGAUCAGUAGAUUGUGUCUUAUUUGAAGGUGCAACAGCAGUAAAUAAAAAAAAAAAAAAAUGCAAGACCAAUUAAAAGAGUUAGCAGUAGCCUUAUAUGAUAUUGGAGCUAUAAAGUUUGGAGAAUUUAUAACCAAAGUUGGUUUGAAGACACCUAUAUAUUUUGAUUUACGUGUUAUGAUAGCAUACCCUCAAAUAAUGUCUAGAUUAGCAAAAGCUCUUUGGCAAUUAGCGAAGACUGAAACUGAUACAAUUCAACUUUGUGGGGUACCUUAUACUGCUCUUCCAUUAGCUACUUUAAUUUCAGCAGAAUACAAUAUGCCAAUGUUGAUUAAAAGAAAAGAAGCUAAGAAUUAUGGUACAAAAAAGCUUAUAGAGGGUAACUUUAAACCAGGCAACCACUGCAUAAUAAUUGAGGAUGUAGUUACAAGUGGAAGUAGCGUUUUAGAAACUGUAUAUGCUUUAAAAGAGGAAGGCUUAAUUGUAACUGAAGUUUUGGUGGUAAUUGAUAGGGAACAGGGUGGAAGGAAAAACCUAGAAAAUAAAGGAAUCAAAAUGCGAAGUCUUUAUGAUGUAACUCUAUUACUGGAUUAUUUGUUAGAUCAUGGUAAAGUUACACCAGAAAUUGUAAAAGAUGUAGCAAAUUAUUUAAAAUCGUGUCAAGCACCAAUUCUUUCUUUGCCAGAAAAUAUAGCGAAUGAAAGAUUGAAAACACCAUUUAGCAUACGUGCAAAUCAAACCAAGAAUGCAGUGGCUUCUAAAUUGUUUCAAUUAAUGGAAGCAAAACAAUCCACUUUGUGUUUGGCAGCUGAUUUGACAAAAAUAAACUCUAUUUUAGAAUUAGUGGAACUUGCUGGACCACAUAUUGUGAUUUUAAAAAUACAUAUAGAUAUCAUAGAAGAUUUUUCUUUUGAUUUUUUAAAACGUCUAAAGGAAUUAGCGAAACAACACGAAUUUCUGAUUAUGGAAGACAGAAAAUUUGCAGACAUUGGUAAUACAGUCUUAUUGCAAUAUAAAAACGGAAUGUACAAAAUAGCAGAGUGGGCUGAUAUAAUCACAGUACAUCCAAUUGCUGGACCUGCUAUUAUAGAUGGUUUGCAAAGUGCCUUAAAUGGUGUUACUGAACCACGUGGUAUUUUUUUGGUUGCUGAAAUGUCUGCAAAGAAUGCUUUAACUACUGGAGAUUAUGUACAAAGGGCAGUGUCAAUUUCUGAAAAAUCUGAUAUGGUAAUUGGUCUGGUAUGUCAAUCAGAUAUUAUUCCAAACUUAGGAAUGCUUCAGUUAACACCUGGUGUUAAGUUACACAACAAUUGUGAUAACUUGGGUCAACAAUAUAACACGCCUGAAUCAGUUGUUAAUUCGGGCGCGGAUAUAGCCGUUGUUGGUAGGGGAAUUAUUCAAGCAACGGAUCGAUUAGGUGCUAUAUUAGAGUACAAACAACAGCUUUGGGUAGCUUAUAAGAAAAGAUUACUGAGAUAAGUAAAAUGGAAUUAAUAUAUAUAAAUAUAUAUAAAAGAAAAAUGUUUUUACUAUAUUUAUACAUAAAAAUAUUUGUAUAUAAAUUUAAAAUAGUACAACUAAUAUACUUAUAUCAAUAGAGAAAUUAGUAAACAAAAAAUAUUUUAUAU